AUGGCGUCUAGGUCUGAAAUUCUGAGGGAGGAGAGUCUUGCUCCUGCUCCUCCUUGUGAUCUGGAGCGAAAGAAAGAAAAGGAGAAUGAAAAUGGAGGAACUGAAGUGGAAAAGGAAGGAAAAGGAUAUCUAAGUCAUAUCGAACGAACGGCGAUCGAACCGAGGGAUGAGUCGCUACAUAACCUCUUCCUCACCUCAACAACACCUGUAAAUUCUACGACGCGGCUCUUUUAUCUCUCCCCUAGGCCUUCACCUCCUUCAGCAUCCACAUCUUCUAAAUCCACAUCCACAUCAAGAUCACCCACCCCAUCCAUCCAAUCCCCAUCAAAACUCACCUGGAAACCCGGCCAAUGGGUAGAUCUCUAUCUUCCCGGUAUCGAAAAACCCGGAGGAUUUAGCAUAACUAAUAUCCCUCCUCAUUCUCCAUCCACUUCCUCACCAUAUUCUUCCCAUUCACAAACAUUCCCAAGAAAUACGAACGAAGUCGAAGUCGAAGAAGCAGGUAUAGAACUAGCGAUUCAAAAACCCAUCCAGCAGGAAAAAAUCAGCAAACAAGUAUCUUGGUUAUUUCAACCUCCUACUUUAAUCCUCAACCAAGAAGUAAAAGUUAGAAUUGGUGGAUCUUUUACCCUACCUCCUUCAUUCCCUUUUAUUUCUCCUUCACCAUCUUCAUCCAACCCGCCUUUACAUUCAUCCUCCAACAACCCCAGCUCUAAAACCCCACUCCAAGAAACAUCUCUCAAACACCAAUUCAAUCCUACAAAUCCAAAUCCAAAUCCAAAUCCCGAAAAAGAAACCGAAACCAAAACCCCAACCGAAAUAAAAAAAAUCAUAUUCAUAGCAGGCGGAAUGGGUAUAAACCCCCUCAUAAGCAUGGUCACUUACAUCCACACCGAAAUCUCCCGAAUCUCAGAAUCAAACACGACGGAAAACCUCACUCCUAGUAAUAUCAUAGAUGAAGAAGACGAAAUUUCAAGAAUAGAACGAACAACCAGACGAAAAAAUUGUCUGGAGAAUCUAGAAGUUAAAUUUCUUUAUAGUACUAAAGGUACUAAAGCACCCUUUUCUAUCAGAGAAGAAGAAGAGCACGAAGGAAGAGAAGAAAAAGAAGAAGAAAUCCUCUUCCUCCCCCGCCUCCUCACACUAUUCUCCGCUCAUAAAAAUUGGGAUUUUCAGCUCUUCAUCACCAGACCCUUUCCCUCCUCCUCACCCUCAUCUACCUUCAACCCUUCAUACAAAAAUAUCACCACCCACCCCCGCAGAAUCUCUCUUAGAGAUAUCGAACUUGCUCUUUCUUUUCCUCCUACAAAAACUAUAACAAGAAAAGAAGUUCCAAAAGAUGAAAAAGAAGAGGAAAGUGAAAAUCAAAAAGAAAAUCAAAAUCAAACAAUAACAUAUAUAUGCGGACCACCUGCUUUAACUGAUGAAUUUACUUCGUAUAUACAAGAACUGGGACGAAGACUAGGACAAGGAGUCGAGGCAAUGGAUGGGGGAAGAGUAGUUUGUGAGAGGUGGUGGUGA